AUGAAUAUUUUGCGAAUGGCGUAUCGCUCCUUUCAUUGCCUUCGCUGCGGUUCACUGCUCAAUGAGAACAAGGGACGGUCAUCCAAGCAGAUUAUCAAAUGGAUUAAUAGGUCAAGUUUAUCAAACAAAGAACUUGCAGAAAAAGUACGAGAUGAUACGAAAGAGGCUCCUGAGUGGAAGAAGCAAAAAAUGGCAGUUAGAAAAAAACUGGAAGGCCAAAGAUGGAACCCACCAAAAAAAAUAUCUCAGGAACAAAUGGAGGCUUUGAAGUUAUUAAAGUCCAACUUUCCUGAAUUGUCAGCAUCUGAUCUUGCGGAACGAUUCAAGAUUUCUCCUGAGGCUGUUAGAAGAAUUUUGAAGUCCAACUGGAGGCGCACUGAUGAUGAGAAUAAAAACGCUAACGAGAGAUGGAAGCGAAGAGGAGAGCGAAUAAAAGAAAUGUACGAAAAAACUGAGGGUACUGAACUUGUAUAUAAUAGAAUUAUAAAUGGUAGAAAACUUGUAGUUGGGUCUAGCGCAGACGCAUCUGAGUUGAUAGCAAAGAGCGUUCACACUUCUAGACACUUCAAACGUGACAAUGUUGCACCUGAAAAGAAUAGCACUAACAAAUUGUACCUUUUAAAACGUUUGUCCUCGAAACAGUAA